AUGCGCACCGUGUCAGAUGCCAGCGUCGGAGAUGAAAUUUCAGGACGAUCCCAUUCGCCAGCGGCGGAGGAGGAAGAAGGUACAAGCGGUUGGAGGUUCUCGCGCGAGGUUUCUUCGGCGACAUGGAACGGCGGCGUAUCGACACUCGCUCUUGCAGUUGAAGGUGAAGACAUUGAAUGCAUUACAUAUAUAUCAAUCUACAAUAUUGAGCCCUUUGUGGGCCCGCAGCCACGGUCACCACCAUCACCCUCUGAGACCACCACAAUCACCACCACAACUAUUCCAUCAUCGCCACUAUCAUCACCCACUCCACCGCCGCACCACCAUCACCACUACCACUAUCGCAACCAAUGUCAUUGCCGUUACCACUCCAUCGUCACCACCAUCAUCAACACGUCACCUUCACACCACCACCACCACCACCAUGCCACCGUCAUCAUCGUUACCACCACCAUCAUUACUCCAUUAUUGCCACACCACUCCACCAACGCACCACCACCACCACCAUCCCAAAGCCGUCACCAUGAUCACCACUACCACCACCACUCCAUGAUCACCUCCACCAUUACAACUCCACGAUUGCUAAAAUUUCUACCACCACCGUCAUCUCACCACCACCACUACCACCAUUCCAACCAUCACUAUCUCCCUAUCUUUCCAUCAUGUUUCACCUCUAUAUUCAUCAUGUAA